AUGACAGCAAAGAAGAACCAGACCCUGCAGAAUGGAAGUGCCAAGGAGAACGUGCUGCAGAGGGUCAUGCAGCUGCCGGUGGUGAGCUCAACCUGCGAAAGCCUCCAGCGGACCUACGCCAGCACCAAGGAGGCCCACCCGCUCAUGGCCUCGGUGUGUGAGGUCUACGAGCGGGGCGUGCAGGGUGCCAGCGCCUUGGCCAUGUGGAGCGUGGAGCCCGUGGUGCGCAGGCUGGAGCCUCAGUUCGCUGUGGCUAACAACCUGGCUUGCCGGGGCUUGGACCACCUGGAGGAGAAGAUCCCUGCUCUCCAGUACCCUGUCGACAAGCUUGCGUCUGAACUGAAGGGCACCAUCUCCUCCCCCCUCCAAAGUGCCAAAAGCACCAUUGGCAACUCCGUGGAUAAGAUCAUGGAGCUGGCGGCGGAGGGCUACGAGGCCACCAAGAGCACAGUGGAAACAACGGCAAGGUACACGAGGAAGAACUCGGUGAGCCAGAUGGCAGCCGCGGGGGUCGACACAGCCCUGGGAGGGCUGGAGAAGCUGAUGGAGUACCUGCUGCCGGAGGAGGACGAAGAAGCAGAUCAGAAGCCCAAAGAGACACGUGGGUCAGCAGCAAAGGUGUCCCAGCAGCAGCCCAGCGCUCCCAGCGCUCCCAGCACCCUGGGCCGGAUCGGCGCCUUGGUUAGCACCGUCUCCCACCGCGCUUACCAGCAAACCACCCAAAGCCUCCAGCGUGCCAAAGCCAAAGGGCAGGAGCUGGCCACCUGGAUCCCCAUCCUGGGCAGCCUGGCCAAGCCGAGCGUACCCGAGGCACCGCAGGUCCACAGUGAUGGGCAGAGCACCGCGGCCGGCUGGCUGAGCCAGCAGCAGAGCAAGGUGCCGGAGCAGAAGCAGGAGAAGGCAGGGAAGAAAGACAAUAACCACACCAAGGAGGCAGGGGACGACACCGGGCUGGUGGGCAGCGUGGCUCACAACCUGCAAACCGCCUGUGCCUCCGGCAUCUCCAGCGUGAAGAAGGUCCCGGCUGUGGCCUGGGAUGCAGCAGAGGGGUUGAUCCUCUUCACCCCCCGCAGGCUGUCCAAGGCCAUGGAGACGGUGGAUGCUCUUGGCGGGACCCUCAUCAGUGCCCCCAAGAAUCUGCUGGGCACCCUGUACAGCUACGUGCCGCUCCGCAGGCAAUCAGCGAAGGAAGAGGAGGCAGCCGGGGGCAGCAAGCCCAGCCCGGAGACGGAGCAGAAGGAGGAGGACGCCAAGCCUGCCGCCCCCUCCACUGAGGAGAAAUCCCAGCUGAGGGGCGACUGGCGGCUGUACCGUGGCCAUCACCCCCUCUCCUUCCUGGGGCUCGAGGACCCGCUCUUCCUGCGGCACAACCUCUACCGCAGCCCUGCCUUCGAGCCCGAGUGCCCCCUCCCACGGAAAUCCGCCUUCGCCCCCUACAACAGGCGGGUGAGCGAGGGCUCCUACCGCUUCAGCCCCGAGGCCGUGUACAGCCGGGCUUACUACACCAACCUCUACAGUCCUGCCUUCAAGAAAGACUGAGCCGGUGGGGACGACGAGCGCACCCUGGCCCCUCUCUAAUCACCCCCCCAGCAUGCUUUGCCCAGGUCCCAGCCAGCCGCCCGCAUGCACCCCUGUACCGGGACAGGAGCUCAAGGUGGUAGAUGUGCCACGGGAUGUCGUCUUCUGGAGUGCAUUGGGGCAAGGAUGGGGGAAUAAAGGCAGCCAA